ACGGGACCCGCGACUCUGCGUUUCCGCGAGACUCGUGGCCAACGAUAUUUAUAUUUUCCUUUGAAAAGUUUUAUUCGGCCGCGUCGACUAAAAAUACCUCGAUUCGGAUCGCGUCGGUCGGCGUCGGACGGAAGAGAAGGCUUCUCGCUUUCGAGCGAGGCGAGCGAAACGGCGGUCGGAGUUUCCGCGUAAAACGAAACGAUCGGGCGUAUAUUCUGCGCGCAGCGCCGGGCGAUCAACGGGAGCGCGAUUACAAGACUAUAAUUAGCUUUCGCCGGUUCCCGCUGAAUUUCGACGCAGUUUUAGUUUGCUCGACGAAGACGCUGCGCCGGUCCGCCGAGAACGGAUCUGUUCGAACGCGCUCCGGGGCGAGCGAGAGAGAGAGAGAGAGAGAGAGAGAGAGAGAGCGCAACAGGUGAUAACGAUCGUAACGAUCGCGUUACAUAAGCGCGAGUCCGAUGGGGCUAGGGAGAGCAUGGAAUCGUAGUCACCUGCUUGUGCGGAUAGACGUUUAUACGGCACUUCAUGCACUCUUGGCCCAUAUUUGCCCAGCUGUUGCCCGACAUCCAUUUGCGUUUGCACUUGGGACACUUGUACUCGCCGAAGCAUCUGUUGUUGCCCUGGUACGGCGUGAGACCCUCGCCCUUCGGCCGCGCCUGCAAUCGGGACGCGCGGUGGUCACGGUGGUGAACGUUUCAAUUGAACGCGUUAGUCAUCGGCAUGGUCGAGAGCGCCGUGCUGCGCUCGUGGCUCGAGAAACGGGUCCACGGUGAAAAGGGAAAAGGGAGAAGGUCCGCCGCGAUCGCGGAAUUAUUCUCGAACGUUCUCCUCCCGAUUCCGAAAGGGAGGAGGGUGUGCCGGGAAAAGGCAGCUGCGUCGCAGCGAGCUAGCCAGCAUACUCGACGGAACUAUAAACAGAGGAGGCGGCUCGCGAUCUAAAUACAUUUCGAAGGAAACUCUGGUACGCGCGAGCUCGCUGCGCGCACGGAGGCACGACCGUCCCGCGGAAUAUCUCCGGUUUCUGAAAAGCGAGGCGCGUGCACGCCGCGUUAACGGGGCCAAACUCGUCGACCGUGCGGCCCGAUGACUACCGUAUGAUGUCAUGCUCGCCAGAGAUACCGUUUGUUGCGUCAAUUAGCGUUUAAUUGAGCAUCGUAUCGCGGUGUUGCAUCGAGCGACGCGGGUCGUUCGAGAGCGCCGCGAAAAACCUUGCGAAAACGACGCGGCGCGCGGCGGCGCCCUCUCGUUGCUCUCUCGCAACAGGGGGAACAGACACCUCGGGACAGUCUUUGAUGUAGUGGCCCUUUUUGAAGCACAAGUGGCACAGAUAGCUGGGCGGCGGCCUCUUGGUCGGUUUCCUGUCGAGCAGACCCAGUUCCGUAAAGUGGUCCGCGAGGUCGCCGAUGCUGUCCGUCAGGUUGCCUCCUAGGGGACCGCAAGGGCUCGAUCGGGCCCUGGCUCCGGCACCCGCUCCUCCGGGCCCGGCACCGACCACGGCCGCCCGGUGCAGAUAGGGCUGCGACGUCGUCGUCGGGAAACCGUUCCAGAUCGCCGGCGGCAGCAGUUUGCCCUGAAGACGCAAGCGUUCGCGCGUUACUCGUUGGUCGCUCCGUUAGCGAAUCGCGGCGUAACACGUACCUGGUCCGGAGGAGGCUGAGCACGAUUCUGAUCGGUGAUCGCUAGGUAGACCCAGUUGAGCAGGUGAGGCGAGUAGUGAGGUUGUUGAAGCGACUUCUGACCUUGGCUGCCGACACCGACGCCGACGCCGAUCCCGAUCUGACCCGGCUCCUGCAGCCGCAAGUGCUGGACCACUUGCCUCGGAUGACAGGCAGCCAUGCCUUUAGGUUCGCGGGCUAUCAUCGGAUUCUCGGAGCGAACGGCUCUCGAUCACUCUCACCGAUCGCGACGUCGACUCAUCCCUUUCGCGGCUCUUCCUGCGAAACAUCCGCGUAUCCUCGAGGCCGACGAGAGAGCGCGCGGACCAAGCUUCCCGGCGGGUCGCGUCGGUUCGGACGGCUUCGCUUCCACUGGGGACGAUCCUCGGAAUCGAGAGAGACGACGCGCUAGCGCGUCGCGGACGGCCGCGGGAAAGACACCAUUCCUCGGCGAUGACGAAGCGAGCCCGUUUCGCGAACGCGAAUUCGAUAACUUCUCCGGGUACGGAUCGCCGAGCGGUUUCUCCUUGGAUUCUGCUCGGAUCGAAGCGCCAACUGCUUCGCGCGCGGUCUCCUCAUGCGCACCAGCGUCGAGAUCCGAGUCGGGGCGCGUACGUUUCGAUCGUUUCGAUCGUUUCGAUCGUUUCGACGUUCGCGAGCACCGCUCCUCCCUCCCCGCGUUCGAUCCGGAGGAUCGGAAGAUCGAGCAGGCGCGACGACGAGCCGGGAGCCGCGAGGAACGAACGCGUUUCCCGGAUUACGACGGAUGCGUUCCCUCGGAGGGACUGGCUUCGAUCGUGAUCUGUACAGUGUCGGUUCGGUUCGGCCCGGCCCGACCCGACCCGACCCGUCGCGGCGAGGCGCGGGGACGCGUAAAAACGCGCACGGACGAAUCUUGGGCAGCGUUAAAGACCCCCGCCAUGUGUUGCCGCGGCUUGCGGCUAUUUCAGUGCUUGCCGCCCGCGGAACGACGCGACGCGCGGCGACAGCCUGCUCUUCCUACCGCGGAUCAGCCGUCCGAACCGUUCGGAAUCGACCACCGGUUUCCUACGCGAUUGCCGAUCAUUUCCUACGAGUUCCUUCCUCUCGUAUCUCGCGGAUUCAUGUACGUUUGCAAGCCCGCAUCUUCCAACCGCGGCGUAAAUCGAACAACGCGGUUUAGUUGGUUGCCCGUGAUACAACGAUACAGCAAUCGCGGACGGGCGAAAUCUCGUCCGAUCGAUAUCGUUGUCGCGUACGUUGUCCCUCGAUUCGAAAAAUGCACGUACAAAAUUCCUGCCUCGCGAUCGUAUCGAGCGGAGCUAGUCGACGAUAGUUUCCCUGAGAAGCUGGAAAGUACAUCGGGCGAUCGGUUUCGGCCGAGACUACGUAUUCGUCAAGCCAACCGCCGUGAAGAAGGACGCGCACGCCCGGAAAGACGAGAUCGAAAGAUAAACGAGUCCCGGAAGCAGUCGAGAGGAUGGACAAGUACGAGAUGAUGAAAGUCGUGGGGGAAGGUAGCUACGGGGUGGUGAUGAAGUGCAGGCAUCGAGAGACCGGCCAGCUGGUGGCGAUCAAGAGGUUCUUGGAGACCGAGGAGGACCUGCAGGUGCGGAAGAUGGCAUUCCGUGAGAUUAGGAUGUUGAAGAAACUGCGCCACGAGAACCUGGUGAACAUGAUCGAGGUGUUCCGUCGAAGAAAACGAUUCUACCUCGUGUUCGAGUAUCUGGACCACACUCUGCUCGACGAGCUGGAACAUCGUGGCGGCGGGGUGGGAUUCGAAACGUCGAAACGACACAUCUUCCAAGUCCUACGAGGCUUAAAUUUCUGCCACGCCAACAACAUCAUGCACCGCGACAUCAAGCCGGAGAACAUCCUCGUCUCGCCGAACGGGGUGAUCAAGUUGUGCGACUUCGGGUUCGCGCGACUCGUCAACGGGCCGAACGAGUCCUGCACGGACUACGUGGCGACGAGGUGGUAUCGAUCGCCGGAACUCUUGCUGGGCGAGCCAAGAUACGGGAAGCCCGUGGACAUCUGGGCAACCGGCUGCUUGUACGCGGAGAUGGUCACCGGAAGUCCUCUGUUUCCUGGGGACAGCGACGUCGAUCAGCUCUAUCGAAUCACCAAAGUGCUCGGAGGGUUGUGCAGAAAGCAUAUGACGCUGCUGGGUCGCACCGUGCCCGGCAGGGUGUUGCGGCAUACGAGCGCGGACGAACUCGUUGGGCCUCCUCUGACCGGAACCACGGCGAUCCACAAACUGUUCCCAACCUGGGAGGCCGGGCCGGUAGACUUUCUGUCUCAGUGCCUCUGUAUGGAUCCCGAUAUCCGGCCAAGUUGUUCGACCCUGCUGCUGCACUCGUUGUUCCAGCAGGACGGCUUCGCGGAGAAUUUUCUCGUCGAGCUGCAGGCUUGCUUGGCUAAGGAGACCUUGACGAACUCUCUGAUAACCAAGAGGAUCGAAGAGAGAAGGCUCAGCCUUCUCUCGGGCGAGUCACCGGGCAGGGUUUGUCGCUUGAGCACCGGCAGAUGGCACUUGACCUCGCUCAAGGACGGACUGACCAACGACAAAGCGGAACGGGAGCCCACGGAGCCGGAAGAAUCGCAGAGACCUUCGCCGGUGUCCAUCACUCGGCCAAAGGAAGUUUGUUACUUUGGAUCUGUCUCUGUCGUGCCGAACACGACUUAUAUCAAGAGAUUGCAGCACAAAGGUUUGCUCGUCGCGGAAUCCAAAUGCUGCACGCUGCCCUCCCUCGCUUCGAAAGAUCACGCCACCGCCAAAACCGCGGCAAAAAGAAAGAGGGUCGAUUUGCCAAGCGUGGAUCGCUAGAAAAUGUAACGAGAGAUCAGUAUUCUCCGGAUGGAUGAGCAGUCAAAGUUUUCUUUGGGACUAUGCCGUAAUUCUUAGUUCUCUGCGAUGUCAGACAGUUAUUAUACAAUACGGUAGUUGAUAGUGAAUUUCCUUUCGCACAGGAAUCACAGAUUCCGAAUCCAUCGUCAAAUUUAUCUUAAGAGACUAUAUAUAUAUAUAUCUUUAAUAAGUCUCUUUUGAGCACCUUAGAAGAGCUGCAAAAUAGGAAUUCACAAUUCUGAGCAAAUUUCAAUUUUAAAAGGGUCUAAUUUCGUAAUUUCGAGCAAUUUAUUAUGUUAAAAAGUAAAAAUUUCGAAACUGGUAUUUAAAUACCGACGUGUAAAAGCGUUAGGCAGGAUACUGGUAGUCAAAUAUGUAACUUGGCUAACAGUUUGAGCGUUUCGCCGUGGAUGGCGCCACCGGACGAGUCUAUCGCUGUCCUUGUCUUACACAUUGUAAAGUGUACAAUAGAGAAUAAAAAUACCUACAAAAUGUAAAAUAAGGCUGACAAUGACGAUAGAUAUUAACUUUGGGCAUAUUUAUACAUUAAGAUUCGGUUAAUUAAACAAUAUGUAUAGAUUAAGCACCUUUCUGAUGCAGUUAAUUUCUUUUCAAUCUAUCCAAUUCAUUUCUUUGCAGGUUAAAUUCUGCCAUUGUCUGUGUCAACUGGAAAGUAUAAAUGAAACGAUACACUGGCACUAGAUUAAAAAUACUCUACAACCAUUUGUACUUUAAAUAAAUACGAAGACACCAACCAUGUCGAGAAGCACUUCAAAUUUUAACUUCAGUAAAUUAUUUUCUUCCUCUAA